AUGAGUGCCUUCAGGUUAGCACUGCUCCUCAUCCCUUUAAUCGCGCUGCAGAACUCCGCCAGGAGUCCUGCAGACUGCAACGCUACUGAGCCCUUUGCUGGGAAAGUGCUAGACCAGCUCAAUAAGGGACAGAGGCAGGGCUACCUUUUCCAGUUGCUGCAGGUCGCUGAUGCCCAUGUGGACAAAGCGGAAUCUGUGGCUGUCUAUUACUUAGUCUGGGAUGUGAAAGAAUCUGACUGUUCAGUCCUAUCAGGGAGACACUGGGAUGACUGUGAGCCCACUCUUUCUAAAUGUGUAUCUGAUACGGUGAUUGGACAGUGUAAGGUGAUAGCGACACAAUGUUUGAAUGACUCUCAGCAUUUCAGAGUGAAUGACUAUAACUGCACCACAAGGUCUGUCUCUUCGGCACUGGCCAAUACCAAAGACAGCCCUGUACUCUUCGACUUCUUAGAAGAGCCUGAGCUUUACAGAAAACUAACCGACAAAGCCCUUGAGAAGUACCAACAGGAAAAUGGAGAUUUUGCCUCUUUCAGAGUGGACCGCGUGGAGAGAGUUGUCAGAGGGAGAGGAGAGGAAAGAACCAACUACUAUGUGGACUUCUCUGUGAGGAACUGCUCCAGGAGACCCCAUUUUCCCAGGCACCCUUAUGUCUUUGGAUUCUGCAGAGCAGAUUUGUCCUAUGAUGUAGGAGUCUCUGACUUGGAAACCCCGGAAGACAUUGCCAUAAACUGUGAAGUCUUCAAUUUUGAGGAAUGUAGGAACAUCAGUGGUAUACCACACCAUUUUGGCCAUCCCCACCACUCUGGUGGGCAUGAGCAUUCUCUUGCUGGCAGGCCUCCAUUUAAGCCUGAUGAAUUUAGAGAUCACCAUCAUCCCCACAGGCCACACACAUUUGAAUGCCCACCUCUUCUAGAAGACAGACCACCAUUUCAGGGUCAAGAUGUCAUCACCCCCACUUUGGCACCAGUGGGACCCAUGGACACCCUCAUAAUCGUAGUUCCAGGGAGCACCAUCCCCAUGGACCCCCUCAUCAUAGAUCCCCUUGUCAUGGACCCCCUCAUCAAGGACCCCCUCCUCAUGGGCCCCUGCCUCACGGGCCCCCUCCUCACAGACCCCCUCCUCACGGGCAUCAUCCCCAUGGACACCAUCCCCAUGGACACCAUCCCCAUGGACACCAUCCCCAUGGACACGAUUUCCUUGACCAUGGGCCUUGUGACCCACCCACCAUGGGGUCCCGAAGAUCACCAGGGUCCCGAAGAUCACCAUCGCCAGGGACAUGGCCCACCAUCUAGGCACUCAGAAGAAAGAGGUCCAGGAUAG